AUGGCUGCCCAACGCCUUUGUCUCCUGCUUUUCACCUGCCUGCUGGCCCUGGCAGCAUCUCUGCCUGCCUUUGACAUAAAAAACUUGCAUCUCCUCAAUGGCACGCUGGAUGAAAUCAUGAAUGUUCCCCCAGAGUCCUCCCAGCUUGAUAAUGGUGGCGAAAAUGUUCGACAGGUCAGAGACGUUGCCCCCCACCCACUGGCAGGCCGUGGUUGGCCAAAGGACUGCAGUGAGAUCCCUGCUGGCAGCCACAGUGGUGUCUACAUCAUCCAGCCAAAAGGGCUCCACCACCUCGUUGUGUACUGUGAAAUGAAUGUGACAAAUGGGGGCUGGACAGUCAUCCAGAGAAACCAGAAAGAGACACUGGUCACCUGGGCCGAGUCCUGGAGCACCUACAAGUACGGCUUUGGGAACGUGCGCAGCGAGUACUGGCUGGGCACUGAGUACAUUCAUCAGAUCGCCAAGCAGAAGGUCUACCAGGUCAGGUUUGUCAUCCAGGACUCCACAGACAACAUCAAUUUUGCAGACUACAACCUCUUCAGUGUGGAAGAUGAGUCCCACGGCUACCGGCUGAGGCUGGGCUCCUACACAGGGACAGCAGGGGAUGCUAUGACCUCAGACAAUCCCAACACCAUGCAUGACAACAUGAAGUUCUCCACAAAAGAUCGUGAUCAAGACACUUACAGUAAGAACUGUGCCUAUAGCUAUGAGGGCGGGUGGUGGUACUCAGCAUGUUAUUCUGUGCGGCUGAAUUUCAAGGGCAGCAUGACAUGGGGCAACCUGUGCAAAGGGAACUGCAAAUCCUCCCUUAUCCUCAUCAAACCAGCUUCAUAUUGUUAG